GCGGAGUUGACGCCAAACUCAGCCCCUCUGUUCAUCACCCGGCAGGGAAGAGACAGAGGAGACAGGUGAAAUGGAGGAACCGGCCGAGCAAAUGAGACCCCUCUUGAGAACAGGCCUAGAUGAGGAGGCGAUCGUUGACCUGGGGAAGACCAGCUCCACAACCCACACUAACUAUGAGAAAGAGGAGCUGGAAAGUCACAGGGCCGUGUACGUAGGAGUCCACGUUCCUCUUGGGCGGGAGAGCAGGCGCAGGCACCGCCACCGGGGCCACAAACACCACCGAAAGAAGAGAGAGAAAGACUCAGAGGACGGGAAGGACGAUGGCCGGGAGUCACCCGCUUACGACACACCAUCCCAGAGAGUCCAGUUCAUCCUGGGCACAGAGGACGAUGACCUGGAACACGUCCCACACGACCUCUUCACCGAGCUAGACGAGCUGUCCUUCAGAGAUGGCAGCGCUACAGAGUGGAAAGAGACCGCCAGAUGGCUGAAGUUUGAGGAGGAUGUGGAAGAUGGCGGGGAGAGGUGGAGUAAGCCCUAUGUGGCUACGCUGUCCCUGCACAGCUUGUUUGAACUGCGGAGCUGCAUACUCAAUGGCACCGUCAUGCUGGACAUGAGGGCCAACAGUAUCGAGGAAAUCGCAGACAUGUUGAUUGACGGCAUGGUGGCAUCAGGCCAGUUGAAGGAGGGCCUGCGUGAGAAGGUGCGGGAGGCCAUGCUGAAGAGACACCACCACCAGAAUGAGAGGAAGCUCAGCAACCGCAUCCCUCUGGUGCGCUCCAUCGCUGACAUAGGCAAGAAACACUCUGACCCGCUCUUGCUUGACCGAAACGGAGAGGGCAUGUCCUCUUCCCGUCUCUCUCUCCAGAAGCCGGGGGCAGCCUCAUCCCUCUCCAACCUGUCUCAGAGGCGCGAUUCCCGGGUGUCCAUUCUCCUCAACCAUCUCCUGCCCUCCUCCACCACCGGGCCCUCCCAAGGCCCUUCGCCCCUCAUCGCCCCUCAAAACACCCCCCCUUCGUUCCGACGCUCCUCCCAGGUUCCACCAAGCAUGCCCGGUCCGGCUCUGGCUGCCCAGAACAUCCCGGAGGUGGUGGUCUCACCCCCAGAGGAUGAUGACCCACCAGCCUCUGUGGAAGAAGAGGAGGCGGUGCCACACCUCAGCCGGCGAGUGUCUUCGGCAUCCCAGGGGCUCCAGCUGCUGCCAUUAGAAGGUCCACUGGUGUCCCCCAACUCUGUUCCCAACAACUUGGACAGUAACAAGUCUGUGGAGAGGAGACCAUCCAAAGCUGGGGUCAGUAGAGAAAGCAGCAGUGUCGACUUCAGCAAGGUGGAUAUGAACUUCAUGAAAAAGAUCCCUCCAGGAGCUGAGGCCUCCAACGUGCUGGUGGGGGAGGUGGACUUCCUGGAGAAGCCCAUCAUUGCUUUUGUCCGUCUCUCUCCUGCCGUCCUCAUCACGGGCCUCACUGAGGUACCCGUGCCCACUAGGUUUCUCUUCCUGUUGCUGGGUCCCCAUGGCAAAGGCCCCCAGUACCACGAGAUUGGCAGAUCCAUGGCAACGCUCAUGACAGAUGAGAUUUUCCAUGAUGUGGCGUAUAAGGCAAAAGAUCGGACGCAUCUUCUCUCUGGGAUAGAUGAGUUCCUGGAUCAAGUGACUGUCCUGCCCCCGGGGGAGUGGGACCCCACAAUACGAAUCGAACCCCCCAAGAAUGUACCAUCUCAGUUGAAGAGGAAGAGACCGUCCCAGCCCAACGGUUUAUUGUCUCCGGCUGGAGAGCUGGAGAAGGAGGAUGACCAUCAUGUAGGGCCUGAGCUGCAGAGGACUGGGAUGAUAUUUGGGGGCUUGUUCAGGGACAUUAAGCGAAAGGCCCCAUUUUACUGGAGUGACAUCAGGGACUCCUUCAGCCUCCAGUGUCUGGCUUCCGUCCUAUUCCUCUACUGCGCCUGCAUGUCCCCCGUCAUCACCUUCGGUGGCCUGCUCGGGGAAGCCACUAAGGGCAACAUAAGUGCCAUAGAGUCUCUGUUUGGGGCGUCGCUGACAGGAGUAGCCUACUCCUUGUUUUCAGGGCAGCCUCUCACUAUUCUUGGUAGCACAGGACCUGUUUUGGUCUUUGAGAAGAUCCUCUUCAAGUUCUGCAAUGACUAUGGUCUAUCCUACCUGUCGCUGCGAACCAGCAUAGGCCUGUGGACAGCUUUCCUGUGUAUCGUUCUGGUGGCCACCGAUGCCAGCUCCCUCGUCUGCUACAUCACCCGCUUCACAGAGGAAGCCUUUGCAGCCCUUAUCUGCAUCAUCUUUAUCUAUGAGGCUCUGGAGAAGCUCUUCCACCUUGGGGAAGACUACCCCGUCAACAUGCAUAACAAUCUGGACAACCUCACCCUGUACUCGUGUCAGUGCUCUCCCCCAGCCAAUGCCUCAGCCCAGGUCAUACAGAAGUGGAACCAGACAGGAUAUACCCCAGAGUCCAUCCCCUGGAGCAACCUCAGUGUGUCGAUGUGUAAGCUGCUCCAAGGAGAGUUUUUGGGUUCGGCCUGUGGUCACCAUGGACCGUACAUCCCAGAUGUUCUCUUCUGGUCCAUCAUCCUGUUCUUCACAACCUUCUUCCUCUCCUCCUUCCUCAAGCAGUUCAAGACUGAGAGAUACUUCCCCACAAAGGUACGCUCCUCCAUCAGUGACUUUGCUGUGUUUAUAACCAUCAUGAUUAUGGUGUUGGUGGACUAUCUAAUGGGGAUUCCCUCUCCUAAACUGAAUGUUCCUGACCGGUUUGAGCCAACCUCAAAGAACCGUGGCUGGCUGAUGGAUCCAUUAGGGGAGAACCCCUGGUGGACCCUGCUGGUGGCUGCACUUCCAGCUCUUCUCUGUACCAUCCUCAUUUUUAUGGACCAGCAAAUCACCGCCGUCAUCAUCAAUCGCAAGGAACACAAACUCAAGAAAGGCUGUGGGUACCACCUCGACCUGCUGGUAGUGGCGAUAAUGCUGGGUAUUUGCUCCAUCAUGGGCCUGCCCUGGUUUGUGGCUGCCACGGUGCUCUCCAUCUCCCAUGUCAACAGCCUGAAGGUGGAGUCCGGCUGCUCCGCCCCAGGGGAGCAGCCCAAGUUCCUGGGCAUCCGGGAGCAGAGGGUCACUGGAUUCAUGAUCUUCAUCCUCAUGGGUUGCUCUGUUUUCAUGACCUCAGUACUUAAGUUCAUUCCUAUGCCAGUCUUGUAUGGAGUCUUUCUCUACAUGGGUGUCUCUUCACUAAAAGGCAUUCAAUUCUUUGACCGUAUCAAACUGUUCGGCAUGCCCGCUAAGCACCAACCAGACCUGAUCUACCUGCGCUACGUCCCUCUGUGGAAGGUCCAUGUCUUCACCCUGGUGCAGCUCACCUGUCUAGUCCUGCUGUGGGUCAUCAAGGCCUCAGCGGCUGCUGUCAUAUUCCCCAUGAUGGUGCUGGCCCUGGUCUUUAUUCGGAAGCUACUAGACUUCUUCUUCACUAAGAGGGAGUUAAGCUGGCUUGACGACUUGAUACCUGAAAGCAAGAAGAAGAAAGAAGAUGACAAGAAAAAGAAAGAGCAGGAGAAAAUGGAGGCCCAGUCCAGGCGGCAGCAAGAGGACGAGGUAGGACUUAAGGUCCACUAUGACGAGUCAAACCAGCUCAACAUCCCAGUCAAAACCCUCACAGGGAGCUCUGACUCUGACCCCUCAGUUGUUAAUAUCUCUGAUGAAAUGGCCAGAAGCGGGGCAUGGAAGGCAGUGAACUCAGGCCCUGACUCGUGUGCCCAGCCCGUGAAGCGUAGCGGCAGCCAGGAGAAGGUGGCCUGCGUUAGAGUCGAUGUCAGUCCAGAAAUGCCGGGAGAGCAUCCUAGUGCAGAGACCUUCUUGUGAUGAAGAAGGCCUUCCUUCCAGGUACCUUUCCCCGCACAACACUCUCACCCCCACCCCUCCACUGAAGGUGUCGCUGUUGGAGGGAAGGAGCCCUGCAGCCUUCCCAGAGUGCUCCCCUCUGGGGGGGGUAAAAGAGGCGAGCUCCCUUGAGGGCGGUCAGUCCUGCUCCACUAAACUCUUGGAGUCUUUCAUCUCCAGUGUACAUAUAAUUGACUGCCCUGCAGUAAAGCACAUGUUGCUGGGGGGGACUGAACAAACUGCUGUUACUGCCCACCGAAGCCCACUGUUUUAUGGAACCUUUUAAAACCCUCUUCCCCUUGUGAAUCACUCACUCAUCGCAACCACAGAUGCCAAAGGAAGGGGCCUCAUUGGUGCGGAUCAUGGAUUGUCCUUCUGGAUGCUGAAAACUGAAUUUUAAUUUCUAAAUUUAUUGUAUAUUUUAAUUUGUUUUAGUGUGUUUUCUUUUUGUUGUCAUUUUAGCAGCUUCAUAGCACUAUACAUUUUGUUAACACUAGAACGACCAAGGCCGCCAUUUUGACAGUUUUGGAUUUUUAAAGUUUAAUAACUUUGUGGGGGGAAAAAAGAUAGACCUGCUGCUCCGAAAUGCUCCUAAAAUUGCAUAUAUUUGCAUUAAAAUGAGUUUUAGAUCAGUUGCACAAAAAAAAGUUAGGAUAAGAUCUACCUAAAACGACCACGAGUGGUCAAAAAGACGGCUCGUAAUUUGCGCAUCAUCGUGCACGUCAUGUCACUAUUUAUGACGUGUGUUGUUCGCGUCAUUUCCUUCGCGAAGUUCAUUGCUCUGCCCUUGAAACACAAUAGUGUUCUCCAGUGCAGAGUAUUAGUCUAAACUUGAUUUUUGAUUAUUGCCAACAUGUUGGUACAGCCACCAUUUCAGACGUACCAUGACUACCACCGAGGCGUUGCAGUAUUUACAGGCGUUGGACAGCGGCCAUUUUAAAUUGUUUGAAAAAUAGUAUUAAAGUUGUUAAAAUUUUAAUUUUGCUGUCAGUCGUUUCUUAACAGACAUACUAACAUAUGUAAUGCGUUAAUAUCUCAAUUGGGUAUUUAUCUUGACAGAAUAUAGAGUUUAAAAACCGGUGGACAUUUUGACGGCCCAUGGUUGUUGUAGGUAGGAGUGAAAUCCCGGUCGUUCUAGUGUUAAAUUAGCUUACACUGUGAGUUGUCCCUCAUGGUCUGUGUUGAACUGCCCCCCCCCCACACACACACACCUAAACCAUUUAGUCCCAAUAACUAUCUACACCAGCUUCUACACACAUUGGAUCAAAGCCAUUCAGAUCCUAUUGUUGUCAACUUAUGAGACUUCAUAACCAGUUUGGUCCAUCAACCGACAUUAACCAAAAUAAAGAAUGUACAUUCAGAUACACUACCAACACUAGGAAUACUGCUUCCCGACAUAUCUAGUCUAUGAUGGUCUCCUCACCCACCUCCCUGAAUGCCUAGAGUACUUAGUGAUUAUAUUGCUGCUUACAUGUUGGCCAGUUUAUUUUUAGGUUGAAUGACAUUCUUCAGAUAUGCCAUUGGAGGAAUAUCAUUGCAUGUAUGUUCUUCUCGUUGUUUUAGGAAGCUGACUUGAGAGGCCAUACAGUGCCAUUGUACUGUACAAAAAGCACUUUAGAUGCAUUCGCCAGUAGAAUAUAGUUUCUUACCUACAAGGGCAUGUAGUCGUAUUGCGUCUCAAAAGGUUUAUUCUCCUCCUACAAUGUCCAUAGAGCUGUUGUCCAAAAUGAAAACCGUCUGUUCUCGAACUCAGGAGUCAGGAAUGGUUUCUGACCGCGGUUCCUCUCAAUACCUUUGUCACAACUCAAGCCGGUAAUUAACUCUAUUUAAAAACAGAUUAUUUGUUUCCUCUGUCAUUGCUGGGAUCACAACUAUUUUGAUAAAUACAAUCUUUACAAGAUAUAUGAUGUAGUGCAAAUUAAAUAGACAAUAUAUAGAAAAUGGUUAGAACCCCACUUGCACCUGUUUUUAUACUGUCUGUGUAUGUAAUAUGUGGUGUAAAGGUAAAUUGGUAAGUUCAGUAUUACAGAUGUCCUUUUAUGCAAAAUAUUUCUACAGUACUUGUAAAAUCUAUCGGUGUAUUCUAUGAAGUUGUUCUCUUGCUAAGUGCAGUUCUGUUUUAGCAAUAAUAAAGAAGUAUUCAAGCCAUGCAAUGUAUGGCUCGAUAAACCUAGCUAAUGAUCAGGUGAAGAGGAAUUUAUCAGUUUUGAGUCUGUUUCGUUGGCUUCGUUGGUGUCUAGCUAGCUAUACAGACAAUAGCUUAUGUGCCUUGUGGAAGCUCUUUGUGUGUGUCUUUUAUUCAUAACUGAAGUUUUCAAAACAGAUGUACAGGUAACACACGUGGCAGCAGAGAUGCCAAAGAUGGAGCAUCGCGUCACAAGAAUAAAUGCGUAGGCAAUUCUUAAUGUUGGAGCUCGUGUCUCGUGUUGUUCUGUUGAUUGUCGAGUCUGUGAACGUCAUAGCCUGAGCCACAGCAACAUCUUGCACGAUGUUACUCAGCUACCAGCUUUUUCUCCCAUUUCCAAAUAUAUUCCGAUAUAUUGUUUUGUAUUUGUACAAUAAUGUCACGGCUGUAAUGUUUGUUCACAGAUAUCAAAGUUCUGUAAUCAAUACUGAGGUACGUGUUUUUAGAAAUGUCACUUAAUGUCAAUCACAUUAUUGUACCUUCAAUAAUAUUUAUGAAAUCUCUUACGUUUAAAAAAAAUGUAAUCUUUAUUUUAAAUUCAGUCUUCAUACAGUAUUUGACAACAUCUGUGUCGAUUCACAAGUUAUUUCCCAUUGAUUUCCUGUGGUGUGCUGUUUAAAUCUUAACUUCAGCAUCUCCAGUCACACUCAGCUUUACGUAGUGGUGAUGAAACGAUGAAAUUUGUGUCAGUAUAACCAAGAUACAAAAGAUUAUAUUUUUAGUUUACUAUCAAUUUGUUUUGGUAAUAUGUUUUUUUUUUUGAUGUGAGAAGUCUAUUGUUUCAGAUACACUGAUUUUUUUUUUAAAUCCAAGAUUUAUAUUGGCAUAUACAGGUGUUUAAACCCUCCACUACAUCCAUACCUUACAAUAGAUUGUUGUGAUGUACAACAGACAGCUGACAUCAUUGAAGCACAGAGCAGCCUCCCGUUGUAAGAUUGAAUGGUGAUGUAGGGCGGAAGCUAUUUUUUUGUAACGGUCAAUGGAAAGCAAUAAAAAUAUA